GGGGAGGAUAUUGGUGUUACUCGAUAUUUGGGAGGGUAUAUCAGGAAAUCCAGAGGCAAACAGCACACGAUGAGCAAUGCAGACUUCCUCGGCCGUGCCAUUGAGACGGUCAAGAAGGCGAUAGAAACGGACACUGCGGGCGAAUAUGAUAAAGCGUACCAGCUAUACUACAGUGCUCUGGAACUGUUCAUGCUUGCACUCAAAUGGGAAAAGAACCAGAAGUCCAAGGAGAUGAUACGAGGCAAGGUCGCAGAGUAUAUGGAACGAGCCGAGAAGCUGAAGCAGCAUUUGAAUCAGACGGAAAAUCGCAAGAAACCGGCAGCCAUGGGCGCAAAUGGCAAAUCGGCAGGCGGCAGUGGCAAAGGAAAUAAAGAAGACGGUGACGAAGAAGAACAAGAUACCGAUUCCAAGAAGCUGCGUGGUGCGCUGGCCGGCGCUAUCCUUUCCGAGACACCCAAUAUCAAAUGGGAAGACGUAGCUGGUCUGGAACAAGCAAAAGAAGCUUUGAAAGAAGCUGUGAUUUUGCCCACAAAGUUCCCACAUCUCUUCACUGGCAAACGACAACCGUGGAAAGGUAUAUUGCUCUACGGACCUCCUGGUACCGGUAAAAGUUAUCUGGCGAAGGCUGUAGCAACCGAGGCGAACAGCACUUUUUUCAGUGUAUCGAGUUCGGAUUUGGUGAGCAAAUGGAUGGGAGAGUCUGAACGGUUGGUCAAACAACUCUUCGGCAUGGCUCGUGAAAACAAACCUUCAAUCAUCUUCAUUGACGAGAUUGACGCUUUGUGUGGUCCUCGUGGUGAGGGUGAAUCCGAAGCAUCUCGACGUAUCAAGACCGAGCUUCUCGUGCAAAUGGAUGGUGUAGGAAAAGACUCUCGUGGAGUUCUUGUCCUCGGUGCCACCAACAUCCCAUGGCAGCUCGAUAUGGCUAUCAGGAGACGAUUCCAGCGAAGAGUACAUAUCAGUUUACCGGACUUUCCCGCACGAAUGAAGAUGUUUGAGCUUGCUGUAGGAAAUACCCCAUGCGAGCUCAGCCAGCCUGACUACAAGAAGCUGGCCGAGUUGAGUGAGGGUUACUCGGGAUCAGAUAUCUCGAUCGCGGUCCAGGACGCCCUGAUGCAACCAGUCCGUCUUAUUCAGACUGCAACUCAUUACAAGCCUGUAACACAAGACGGUGUCGAAAAAUGGACGCCAUGCUCCCCAGGCGAUCCCCAAGCAAAAGAAAUGUCCUGGACAGAUCUCGAAAGCGAGCAACUUGCCGAGCCACCACUUCGCGUUAAAGAUUUCAUCAAAUCCAUCAAGGGCUCGCGGCCCACAGUGAGCAAGGAAGACCUCACGAGAAACUCAGAAUGGACAAAGGAGUUUGGUAGUGAGGGUGCCUAA